AUGGCAUCUACAUGCACGUUAGUUAAGUACGAAGAAAGAAUAACAGCCCCCACCAUUCUUCAAAUCCCUAUCUACCAAAACUCCCAAAUCCCUGACCAGCCAAUUUGGAAACCCAAUGCUUCUGGUACCUUUACCUGUGCAUCUGCUUGGGAGGUUGUUAGAACCAAAAGGCCAAUCCUUGUUACCAAUCACAAGAAAAUUCCCUUCAGAUGGUCCUUUUGCCUAUGGAGAGCCCUUAGGAAUAAACUUCCUACUAAUGAUAGAGUAGCCAGGUUUGGACCCCCUUCUGUCAACAGAUGUGUUUGCUGCAUUAAUUCCCAGGCUGAAUCUGUUGACCAUAUUUUCAGCAGAGGCCAUUUUGCUAAGGCUGUUUGGAAAAUUUUCACUGGCCCUGCCGGUUUGCUUUUUGAAGAAAUGUCACUCCAAAACCUUCUUAUGAAAUGGUGGAUUCAGAAGCCCAGAAAUGAAAUCCACAAAUUGCUCUUGGACACCUUCCCUAUUAUCAUCUGCUGGAAUCUCUGGAAGAGUAGAUGUGGAGCAAAAUAUGGCACCAAACAUUCUUCCAUGGUCAGAGUUGUUUUCUCCAUUAACUCUAACAUUAACCUUCUCCUCAAAACCACCUACCCUAACAUCACUUGGCCAUCUAAAUGGUCUGGGAUUUGCACCUUAACUGAGAGUCUAAAUUUUCUCACCAAAACCACCCAGGUCUGCUGGCAAAGACCUACCCUUGGUCUUGUCAAAAUUAACAGUGAUGGAAGUGCCUUGAGUAAUCCAGGAAGAAUGGGAGCUGGGGCCAUCAUCAAAAAUCAUCAAGGGGACUUCAUUCAUGCCAUUGCUAGUCCCUUAGGUGAAGGAACAAAUAACCUUGCUGAAACUGAAGCUGCUUUUUUAGGGGUCAAGUGGUGCAUUGACAAUGGUUUUUCCAAAGUCCAUUUGGAAGCUGAUUCUGCUCUUCUGAUCCACUGGUUAACCUCUUCUGCAACUCCUCCUUGGACCCUUGCAAUGCACAUUCAUAAGCUCAAGGAGCUUUGCCAGCAGUGUGAAUCCAUCUACUACAGUCAUGUCUACAUAGAAGGCAAUGCUCCUGCAGAUUUCCUCUCAAAACUUAGCCAUGAUCUUCACACCAUAACCUGCAGGACCUCCCUUCCCACAUCAGAGGUCAAAUCCUCAUGGAUAAAUCCAGCAUCCCAGCCUUCAGACACAAGCUGA